CAGCAGUUCAGUCCCAGUGGAUGAUGGUUAAAUAUGGACUAAAUGUUUAGCGCCAGCAGCCAGAGAGCUGAGCGACCCGUGAGAAUAAAACGGGUCCGUUUUAUUCAAAUUAGGAAACCAUAUAACCCCCGCGGUUUUUUAUGGCUUCUGGCUCGGAGGAUGAUGGCGGGAACACGAGCGGCGCUGCGUGGAGACUGGUCGGGCCGGCCUCGGAGCUUUCCAAGAAGCCCUGCCGUCUAAUGUUCUCUCCUCUCGGCCGCGACAGCGAUGUCUGCCUCUUUUAUGUCCAGCGGCAGUUUUUCGCCAUGGACGCUCGCUGCGCUCACUCCGGUGGUCCUCUGUGUGAGGGGGAUAUCGAAGAGGCUGAUGGGGUCCUGAGGGUCUUCUGCCCCUGGCAUGACUAUGGUUACGACCUCAAAACUGGGAAGUCUGGGACAUCAUUAGAGCAACAAGUUUAUGAGGUGAAGCUGGUGGAUGGCAACGUGUACGUGAAGCACGCAUCUCAUCUCUCCCUGAGGCCUUUUCCAGCUAAUCAGAAAAACUGAGUUAUUUUAGAGCAUCUGGUUCAAUCUAUUUCUAAGACUUUUUCCACAAACACAAGUCAUCCGAAAACAUUCCAGAGCCUUAUCUCUGCUCCUUAGAGCUGCUUCUACUUUGCUGUGAAACAGACCUAAGGAGACUGUCUGAAGAGGACAUGAGAUCACUCCAUUGUUUUUCUUCUUGCUAUACAGCAA